AUGAUUUCUUCUUCUACUCUUACCAAUUUGGGUCUUGGUCUUCUUUUAUCCACUUCUCUUUCUUCUGUAAUUGCAUCUCCUGCAACUUAUGCUAAUGCCCCAAGUAAUUACUUUUUUUGUUUCUAUAAUGUCGUCGAUACUCCUGAAAAUAAAAUUCUUUGUACCGCCGCUUGUGAUGCUUUAAAAACUGCCCUCGAUGCUGCCGCUCUUUUAGAAACUGAUUCUACUCAACAAUGUCAAGCUUAUAGCGAUGCUUAUCCAACCCUUAAAGAUUGCUUAAACUGUCGUGAAACUUAUGGAGAUGAAGUUACUUCUUAUACAAAGGAAACUCUUUAUGCUCUUUACGAACCUUGCGAAUUUGAACGUUUCACCCUUUGUUCUUAUGAAGUUGCUCCUGGAUUUACUGCCUCUGCUCCUGCUUCAACUUAUCUUUCGGGUUAUUCUACUUCUUCUUCCGUUGCAUCUGCUGCUGCUGCUUCUUCUACUACUUCCACCGUCGUUACAACCAGUAUUGCUCAGGUCACAUCCUCUGUUAUCUCCAAUUCCACAAACUGCACCACUACUGCUUCUUCUCCUGCCCAGGUUAACGAAGCCCGUGGAGUUUCUCCAGUUCAAGCCUUGAUGGCUGCUGCUGUUGCAAUUCCUGCUGCACUUCUUCUUUAG